GUGACGUAGAUAUGACAUUCGAGAUUCGAGAAAUCGCUCAAACGUCUGAGAAAGAUUUCACAACAAAAGUUGUGGAAGAAUAAAAAGUGACUCAUAAUGUGAUUAUUUUCCGUGAAGAUACCAAGGUAAAUAAAAAGAUAUUCCUAUCACACGGUACCAAUAUCUUCAAAAUAUCAGAGGCUUAAUUCUAUAUCCGAAGAGAUUUCUAGAAAAGUCGUAGAAAAUCUUGUCUGGAAAAACCCUUGCCACAUUGGCAUGGCAGUGUCAUCAUCUGAUUUUGACAACUGCGUUCAGUGAUGUUUGCAUAAUAAAUGGUUGUAUCGUAUUCUAGAAUGCCAAUUCAGGCGCCUCAAUGGACGGAAUUUCUCUCCUGUCCAGUGUGUUGCAAUUCUUUCGACGAGAAACCUCGCAGCCCUAUCAGUUUGGGUUGCGGCCACACCAUAUGCAAGGGAUGUCUGUCCAACCUGCACCGUAAACAAUGUCCUUUCGACCAGACCAAUAUCAGCAUUGACAUCGAACACCUGCCUAUCAACACAGCCCUUCUGCAACUGGUCGGACCAAACAUCAAGAGUGACUUUGAGGAUGUUGAUUACUGCAAGAUUGUGCCAAAGGAGCACCUGGAAUACUACAUAGACUGCAAAAAAUGUGUGGAGGAGCUUGCACUGUACCUGAAACCUCACCCCAAUGGCAACAUAUGUGGCAGUGGAAGCAUAUUAUCAAGACCUAUGCAGAGGAAAUUGGUGACCCUUAUCAAUUGCCAGUUAGUUGAAGAUGAGGGAAGGACAAGGGCUAUGCGUGCUGCAAGGUCUUUGGGGGAGAGGACAGUUACAGAACUCAUUUUACAACAUCAGAAUCCACAACAGCUGUCUGCAAAUCUUUGGGCUGCUGUUCGAGCAAGAGGGUGCCAGUUUUUAGGUCCAGCUAUGCAAGAAGAAGUAUUGAAACUAGUCCUCCUAGCUUUGGAAGAUGGAUCAGCUCUAUCAAGGAAGGUCCUGGUAAUGUUUGUUGUACAACGACUGGAACCUCAUUUUCCUCAAGCCUCAAAAACUAGCAUUGGUCAUGUGGUGCAGUUACUGUAUAGAGCAUCUUGUUUCAAGGUGUCGAAGCGUGAAGGCGACUCAUCCCUUAUGCAACUGAAAGAAGAAUUUCGCACGUACGACGCCCUCCGCAGAGAGCACGACGCCCAGAUCGUCCAAAUCGCGACGGAGGCGGGGCUACGAAUCGCGCCCGACCAAUGGUCUGCGCUACUGUACGGAGACGCGGCCCACAAGUCGCACAUGCAGAGCAUCAUCGACAAGUUGCAGACGCCCCAGUCGUUCGCGCAAGGUGUACAGGAGUUGGUUAUCGCGUUACAGAGAACGGGAGAUCCGGGGAAGUUGAGCGUGCUCAGAGCGAAGUUGGAGUUGUUGGCUGGAAUCGAUCCUAGUCCAGAAUCCUCGCCACCGAGUUGGAACGACUGCGCAGAAUGUUUGGAGGCCGUUCGACAAGUGGUGGCCGGUCUAGUAGAAUUCGUUCAGCAACAUGGCGGCAGAAAAGUGCAGGACGCUCAGCAUGCCCAACACGCCAAGUACAAGAUCAGCAUGUGCAGGGACUUGACACUUAGGGGUAGCUGUCCAAGGGGGACAAACUGCACAUUCGCGCACUCUAACGAGGAGCUGGAGAAGUACAGAGCUAAGAACCGAAAAUCUCUUAAUCGUACUAAGGAUCACCGAAUUGACAACCCGUCUCCAACGGUGUCUGACAAGUCGUACCCUAUGGGCGACGAGUACUAUACGAUGCCCACGGGCGCGGCAGCGACAGUGUCACCGGUACCGCUGCCUCCUGCAGCUCCGCAGGUGAUGCACGUGCCUAGGUACGACAUGCCACCUCCUCCUCCACAGGCGUAUCAUACGCAUGCUGGGUUUCCUCAACCUCCUCCUCCAGGCGCUGUCUAUGCCACUCCACCUCCUGCAGCUGCCGCUUUUGCCCUUCACGAUGGUUACCAUCAUCACCAUAUGAAUGGGGCCCCUCCACCACCGUUUUAUACCACAGCUCCCUUACCACCUCCGCAGAUACAAUCGACUGGUGAUAGACCACCCACGUGGGAUAUGAUCGCGAAACCGCCAACUUACGUCCCUCAAAACAAAACGAUCCGUUCAACGACGACCAAGAGCUUGGCAGAGCUCCAUCAACGCAAGCAAGAGGUUAUCUCUCAACUGGAAAAGGUUGUCGGCAAAGUUGCUGCCACAGAAAUAUCAAAUACUGCAAGUACGUUGGCUAGGCAAGAGUCACAACAUGACUUGGAUAGUCCCACUUCCCCCUACAACUUUUGGUCUGGGCAGAUCAACUCAGGACCUACCUUCGUUAGGUCCGAUUCUAUACUGGCAGCAGAUGAUGAUUAUGUUCCAUAUGAUUCACCAGCAAUCAGCAAAUACGGCCCUAUCUCCAGAAUGCACAAAGACAACGGCAUGACACAGAAUGUUGCGGGGCAGUUCAGAGAUAAUAAUUCUUUGAUAAGAAGGCCAGUUUCAUCAGCUAGUCCCGUAGCUGCCUCCUGGUACUACAACAAUAACCAGCACUACCAUCAACCGUCGAUUCCAGGACAUCCAGUCAUUGCUCCAACAGGGAGUGUCAACGAUGGUUAUGUCACUUAUGGGUCUCCGCAAGUGAUUUACCAUCCCCGGCUCCAAGAUUCCUCGAAAGAACUGCUAGCGGAAUCGCAACGGGUCAAAUUGCAGCUACGCAACCUCGAGAAACAACUGAACGAUUUGAAGAUAGCCGCGCAAGGGGUGACAAGCCUUAGCGAGAGCGAAAGGCUAACGCAGGAAUUGCAACUGAUCGAACAAGGAAUACAGGAGAAGCAUAAGGAAGCAUGUUUGAACAGAAUAGUGCAGUCGCUAAGCCAAGCGAUGGGUAACUACAGCAACGGCAAUCCGCCAAGCGGUAGCGCCUCGGAGGAUGCCAUGUACGAAGCGGACAUAGCCAAUGACAUGCGAGAGCUCGAGUUGAGACUCCAAGAAGAGCUUGAGGAAUGGAGUGGCGAGGAUUCUCCGAAGUAAUUUUGGAGGCGGACGUGAGAUUUUUAUCAUUUUGAUAUAUUGUGUACUAUAUUUGGUGCAUGUACGUUUUAGGUUUUUGACUUAAAGUUAGUUUUGUUCCAAUGGCAUGCCUUGAUCCAAGUCUUGAAAAAUAUUUGAUUGGUUGCGGCAAAGCGACAGUUUAACUGACAUAAGGUACGCUGGCCGUAUAUAUGCUAUAAGGUCACAUUCAUCAGAAUGUUACUCAAAACGUUCUGUUCAUGUGAUUCAUUGAAGCAAAACCUUUUUGAGAUGUACAUCUAAACGUAAAAUUGUUUUUCAGCUCUAGAGUAGCGAACUGUAGUUUGAAGUUGUCUUUAUUGCUAGUACAUUGAUGAUCGAUUCUUUGUUCCGUUUGCACUUCCAGAAGACAUUAGGAUUUUGAGCCGAAAAACUAGUUUUUUCCAAAUAUGAUACUGGGUCAAGGCAUAUAGCCAGCUGUUAAAAUCCAACCAUUUUAUUGUUUCUUCAUAAAAAUAUUGAUAGCACUUCACCACUAUCCAUUCAUGACUACGAUUUCGUAAUAAAACUGUUAUAUAUUAUAUUAGUUAUUCAUAUUGAAAUGCAUGUGAAAAUAAAAACGUAAAACGUACUAUCACUAUAAUGAUCUAAUUUUCGUUUUUGAAAAACUUUUAUCAUGCGUGUGAAUCGUGAAAUCGAAUUGGGUUGUGGUUAGCGUGAUGAAACCUUCUUUUUUUUAGUUAAACAAGUAUCAUCAUAGGCAUCUAUUUGGAACUGAAACCAUACUUUAUAGUUACAGUAUUUGAAGCUUUUUUGUUGUUGUUAUAUGAUAUUUUUGCAAUUUUUUAUUUAGUAUGAAGGAUAUUUCAAAAAAGCUAGAUUGUCUCUUAUGUAACUAAAACCAUACUUCAUUGUUACAAUAUCUAAAGCUUUUUUUGUUAUUGGUAUGUGAUAUUGUUGCAAUUUUCUAUUUGGUAUGGAGGAUAUGUCAAAAAAAGGUAGAUGGUCUGUCUCGCAUGUAACCAUGAUUGAUAAAUCAGGGGUAAACAUCAUCAGUUCGAAAAUAAAUUAAUUUAACAUAGUUAUUAUAACUAAGAAUGCUUCUUGAAACGGAACUUGCAGGAGACUGCUUUUUAUAGUGAUGUGUUGGAUUAUGAAUAUUUCAUGCGUUUUUUCGUGGUCACGAUAAAAAAUUUCACUAUAUUUAUUUAAAAGAUACCUUAUGUUAGCGAGCACCGACACAUGUAACUGACCUGCUUUUGAUUUGUUGGAAUUAAUAAAAAUAAAUUGUGUAACGAAAAUUGAAAGAGUUCUACUACAGAAUAGCGGGCUUGUGAACAGCUAACGAAAACAGGGUAUGUUCCCUAACACAGCCCAAUUCUUGCCAUAAUUUUUUUAUGGUUAUCGAGUUUCACUUAUAAUAUGUACAUUAAUUUUAUAUGAAGAUGAAGUGUGAUUAUGUUUAACAUUGAUUUUCCAAACGAACUGUGACUACUGCUACUGUAGGAGCUGCAACACCUAAGCAAGUCUGGUUUUUUAGAGCUAGCUCAGUGUUUUUACUAUUUAUUCCGAUUUUAAUGCUGUAUUUUCUAUGUGUAUAAUUAUGAAAAGUUUUGCGAUAUUUGUAUAUAUUUUGUUAGUGUUUUUAUGUAUAAAGAAGAGCGAAUUUGUCCUCUAAUAGUUUGUUGUUUUUAUAUUUAAAUGAGUUAAAAUCGUUAUGUAGGCUUGCAGGUGUGGAGCUACUUAGACAAUUUUUAGAACAUUUUUUUGUCGAUGAAUCAACUUUACCAGUAAUUUGACAACAGUAUAUUGAAACAUCGUAAAAUGAGAUUAACCGCCAAAAUAUUUGAGCUUCUAUAAGAGAACUAAAGUAAUGUUAGAGUAAUUUUGGUGUAAUCUCAUAUAGCUUAUUCUUAGUCCAAUGUACUAUUCUAUUAAGAACAACUUGUAUAUAAUAUUAGAGAGGGUUGUCAGAUUACGGCAUAGAUUAACAUUAACUUUAUCGCGUUAUUUUGACCACCUUUUUCAAUUCUACGGCUGAGGGAAUGUAAUCCAUAUGCUACGAUCGAGCCCAAAUUAGGUUUCUGUUGCUCUACUCCAGUUUGAUAAAAACUUAUCUAGCUGAGAUAAAGCUAGAUCUGGCUAUAGUGUAUAUGGUAAACUUUUAGGGGAAUUACGACUGCAUCUACAACUUUGUUGGUUGACUAGGUUGUCUGCCUAUGAGAAUUGAAAAUCUUUCACAUUUUGUUAAAGUUUCCGCGUUGUAUUUCAAGAAGCAAUCCUAAUAGUACUUGAUGAUAGUGACCAUUAUUAUAAGUACAUGAUAUACCUUCAUCAAUUAUGAGCCUGUCGUCACUCGUCCUGAAUGGUUAUAGAGGAGUUUCUCAGAUGAUGCGGAACCUUUCGGAAAAUGUCAUGUUGCCCCAAAUCAAAAUAUUCCGUUUUAUUUGUACCAUUUUAAUCCACCCUAAAUAUUUUUAAAACUGUCUAUCCUAGAAAAAAAGUUUCAAGUUACCUUGACAAUGACCUUGACCACGAUUUUUAAGGUCUUUUCAAAAUCUGGUGAAUAUUUUCAAACAGAAGUCCCAUUUUUCACAUCAGAGUUGAAGAGUAGGAAAUCUUACGUCCGAAUAACAUCUUGGCCAUUACCUUGGCCAUGUUCUUCAAUGCCACAGAUCAAAUCAAGACAUCAACAACAAUUUGCUCCAGCAAAAGUGUUCGGCAGCACAGUUGUGAGGUUUGUGAGGAUCACCUAAAGGUGACCUUGACCAUAAAGUCAAAAUUUCCAAAGAAACCUUUAGUUUUUAUACUGGAAUUGGCAAAAUCAGGAAAUUUUACGUCUGAAUGAGACCUUGAUCUCAAAUACCAUUUGAGCUUGACUCUGCCUUGACUUUGAGGUUAAAGUAAAAAUCGAGCGUAAAAUUUCGUGCUUUUUUCGGUUUCCAGUGUGAAAAUGAGAGGUGUUCUUUGGAAAUUUUGACCUGAUCUUGUAGGUCAUGGUCAAGGUCACAUCUGGGUGAUCCUCACAAACCUCACAGCUGUGCUGUUGAACGUUUUUGCUGGAACAGAUUGUUUACAACGUCUUGGUUAGACCUUGAAAUGACCUUGAAGGAAAUUGUCAAUGUCGUAGUGAUGGUCAUAUUCGAACGUAAAAUGUCCACUUUUUGAUUCUGAUGUAAGAAAAGGGAGUUCCAUUUAAAAAUGUUCAUUUGACCAUAAAUGACUUAAAGGUCACCAUCAUUGUGCGCUCUCGAAGCUGUACAAGUUUUUGGCGGAGAGAUUAAAUUGGAAUUUGGCGAGAAAAUCCAUACCCAGCAGAUUCGUUUCAUCAACAUUUCAGGCUUUUUAAACAGUUAUUUGAAAUACUCGUGUCGAGUUGUCAAAUUCGAAGGCACUUUCAGGUUAGAAAAUCCACCUUAAGUAGAGGAAUUCUUCGACUUGACCGAUCUGUCCAUUUCGUUCCACUCGAGUUUUUAGGGGAUCUAGUGAAACAAAAAUAUCGUAAUUAAUGAUCAGCUAACAUAAUGUCGACCUUAGCAAUCCGGUGAAACCAGUCAGAAAGGUCAAAAAAGCACGCAAGGUUAAUUUUAAUGUAUGCCGUAACGCGAUCUCUUAUAAUUUUCUAUUCACAGGGCUUGAAAACCUUCUUUAUUAUAUCGCGAACAAACGUUGUUUCUCUAGUAUAUUUCAUUGUUGUCUGUGAUUUUUACAAACAGUUUGAAGCGAAAAAAUGAGAAUCAUGUUAUCAUGCGUAUACGGUAAUUUGGAUUUUUCCGAAUUAUCUGAUUUGUCUCAACUUUAGUCUUUUUCAGAUUGUGAGAAGGCAAAAACAAUAUUUUUCGAAACUAUACCAUUAUAAAAUAUUUCAGACUGUACCAAGAAGAAAUAUUGACUGCUCUGUAGAUAUACCUAAGGUUAUUUAUUUUAAAGGUAAUGGGAUUGUUGCGAUACAAGAUACGUCGGCUAUAUUUGACGUUAAACUUUGUAUUUUUAUCAACAGCUUCCAAAAAAACCUUACAAGUGACCGUUUAUUUGGCACUACCAGUGUAUAAACAUCCCUCUUAAGGUACUCGUCCAUUGGGCCGCAUCCGCAGCCGACCAUUGUCGACGCACUGGCCGGUUGCAACCUCAUAGCUGACAAUGAAAACAAACUCGAGCGAUCGGUGCGAUUAGUAGUGACUCUUUCACUGAUCCGUAUGACGUUGUACUAUUCGGAUUGCUGAUGACGCGAUGCAUGUCGUCCGUCUGAUGCGGAUUAGUGGACGCGUACUUUUUCAUGUCACUGAAUUUAAUAAGUUUACGGCGUAUCUAUUUCGCAAUAUUCUCAAACGCAUGGAAUGCGUAACUUCUUUUUCUUUGUGCAAUAAGAUUCUAUGACGACCAAGUCAUAUUUAUACCGAAGAGGAGUAGUAGAUGAAAAUGAGCGUGUCAUUUCAAAAAUGAGUCAGAAUGAUAGUAGUUCAUCGGAAGUUCUUAUUCACAUUAAAUACGAGCGAUGCAUUUCGAAUUUUAUGAAUUUCAAAUGGAUAGUUAUUCCAGUUUUAUUGGAAGGAACGCGAAUAGCAACAAGGAUUAAUCAUCUUCGUUCAGCUUUGCUUAAAAUAUAGGGGUUUUAGGGUUGAUUACGUCAUCUCACUAUUUUUUAGCACAUAUAGUAGUCUUAUUAACUAUGGUGAACGUUAAAUAUAAUAUAGUGAAUUACAUAAAAUCCGUAACUACAAGAAAACAUUUUGUAGGAUGGAUAUAGGAAGCAAUGGAAGAAUGUCUUAAAGCAAGGUUUAUGUAGCCCAAAAGAAUUAGUGUCGCGACUGGCAACUUAGCAGAAGUUUGAGUUCAUCUACACUACCGCUGCCCUUAUCGGCACCCGUAUUGAAUUACUUAAAAAGUGACAUUACGAGAUUUGUCCGGAAAAUACGUAUAAAAGUGGAACAAUAACUUUAUUUUACAACUGUUAAGGCAUUUCAACAUGGUCUCCUUCAAAGUACUGCCCGUGAGACAAGAUGUACUUCUGCCAACACCGUUUCCACUGUUGAUGCGAUCGCUGUAAGUCUUCAAUUGUGACGCUCUUCAUUUGCCGUGUCGUUUCUGCCUUGAUGAAUUCCACUUCCCCCAAGUGACGCCUCCGAAGCACCAUUUUGCAUUUUGGGAACAGGAAGAAGUCACAAGAGGCUAAAUCGGGUGGAUCAGGCGGGUGUUCUGUCACUGUGAUUGAGCUUCGGGAAAAAACUCACACACAGAGACAUGUGAGCAGGCGCGUUAUCGUGAUGAAGGAUCCACCUGAUCUCUUGAGCCAAAUCCGGUCGAACUCUGGCGACAAGAGCUCUGAGACGACGCAAAACUUCAAUGUAAAAAGUUCCGUUCACUAUCUGGCCCCCUUUCCUCUGCUUCCAACCAAUCCUCCCAGCAAGCAACCCUCCUUGCUUCUGUUCUGGAGUGAAGAACUUCCGAACGAUUUUCGCGCACAAAGUUUUCCUAUCUGAAUUUCGUGGACGAUUGUUUUGGAAAUUGACAGUUCCUCAGCUAUCAUUCUAACUGUCAAUCGACGGUCUUUAAGCCCCGAAUUCGUUCAAUAUUUCCCUCAGAGCUCGAUGCGGAGGGGCGUCCUGAGCGUUGGUCAUCUUUCACAUCCUCUCGGCCUUCCCGAAACCGUUUCAACCACUUGUUGACGGUUGGUUUCUUCAGAGAAUUGUCUUGUUCCAACACUCAGAAAUCUGACGACCAUUCUUGCGUAGCUUUGCAAGAAACUUGAUGUUGAUGCGCUGUUCCUCGACCAUGCCGACGGCAGGUAAAAAAAGGGUUACUUUAAACAAACACACGUAAUUCCUACUUACUCGCAGAGAGCUCCUGCUCGAACUGAGCAUAGAGGGGAUAUCAUAGAGAGAGGGAACUACCGGGCCAAUUCUCCAUGACGCCCCGAAUUUUUUAUACGUAUUUUCCGGGCUGACCUCGUAUAUCGACUUUUAGACAUUAUAUAGGUUUGUUGACAUGAUGUCUCCCUAUAAAAUGUCACCUUUGAACUAGACGACAUUUACUUAAUGCUCUCAUGUAGUAAGUGCGGAGUGAACUAGCAGAACCCUUGCGGCUACCUAGUGCACAAGUUGGCAUUUUACCGAUUUUUUUUUGACGUUGUAUAGGUUUUUUACAUAAUCAUUCUACCGAACCAGUUGAUCAUUCGGCUCUACAUUUGUAGAUUAUCACUCUCAACACGUUGUCACCGAAGUCAUGGUCAGAUUUUCUCAUUUUGCCAGUUGUAUCUUCCUACCAUGAAGACUAAAAACAGGAGUUUAAAUGACAUAAGGGAUAUAUGCAUUCUUAUGAAGCUAAGUCUGCCGCCAAGGAGAUCUAGUGGGCCCAGCGCGUCUUCACAUUGAAAAACGUCAACAUAACCUGCUGCAAUCUUUAUAUGCAUUUCACUCAUGUUUUGACAUACUUGUAGGUUUAUUAGUUCGUGGUUUAUUAAUAUUAUCCAAUAUUUCUGGAGCUGUUAGAGUCAUGAUGACAGCAACAGAGAUGCCACAUGCACAGAACCUGAAAUUAAUUUUCUGGGAAGCACCUGCUACUUAUUUACUAUGAAGUGUAACAACUCGCUUCAUCGUCGACAUUUUUGGCUUCAUCUCCACUUCAUGAGUUCCUCCUAUCUCUAGUCUUCAUGCUUCCUAUAAAGAUGCGAUGCUAGCGCUUCAGCGGCCAUUGUCAAAUGCCCCUUAGAUAGUUAAAUGUAACUUAGCUAUCACCUUCAUUUACUAAGUGGCGGCUUUUCAUGCUUUCCAAAUUAUUCCGGAACACAUUCAUAUUGGUUGCCAGAUUUUUGCACUGCGUCAUUAGAACAAUUUUGUUGCUGCUCGCGUUCAUAUACCGGUUGGUGAAAUGUCAUCUAAUUUUAAUGAAUCAUACUGUGUGUGGUUUGGUGUAUCAAUGAUAUCGGUUGAUAUAAAUAUUUUAUUUAUAUAUAAAUACGUGAGCAUUUGUUUGAAAAUGCAACAAGACUAAUAAUUACUAAAAAUGCUUAUAAAGGAAUUUUGUCUAUACCUGGGCAUUGAGAUAUUUUACAACAUUUUCAGACGAUAUUGCUUGAAACUAACAACUGGUUUUACUGGUUUAUGGAUGUUCAUAUCAAUCGGCCAGAGACAACGACAGCGAUCCAUUCUAAGAUUCGUGAGACUAGUGGCAUAGCACUGACACCACAACAAAUAAAUGUCAUUGUCACUGUGAAAUACCCGAAUUCAAGGUACCAAUAGGCGCAAGCCCCAGAAAUGCUUUCUUUCGAUUGGAUAUACAAGGUGUUAAAGUUUGGUGCCUUAGUUUCUGUGGGUAUGCCUGCACCAUUUUCAAGAACUGAAUCCUCUUUAAUAUAUUCAGGGAACGAUAUAAUAAAACUAUAUAAGAUAUUCGAAACCGGUUUGUGCAACAAAAUUGGCAUCAUAUAGGUGUUUAUAUCUAAAUUAUUAUAUAUAGGAUGUUGCACAAUUCCGUGGUACAACCAACGGUUUUUUUAUGGAAGGCCAUAUUAGAUAGAACAAGAAAGUUCUUUUAUCAUUUGUCUAAAGAAAUCCUACCAUUGAAGACUUUGACGUCUGCCAUUUUUCGUAGUUAUUCACUGAAUUUUGGAAAGAGAAAAACGUGCGUCACCUUUAUCAGAGUGCUGCAAAACGUUUUUUCUCAUGAAUUUUAAAUGAAACAUCCCACACACCCAUUACACCAUCCAAUUCGCGAUUUUAUAAGUAUGUUCUGAUAUGAAGUUUAAUUGUUUAAAAUGAUUUUACCUAAUAAAAUAUAAGGUGCUUUAUUACCACGCAAUUAUGCAACACCCUGUAUAUCUCCAAAAUAAUUUGGAAAUAUAGACCUAUAAAAUAUCAGUUUGUGCUAAUCAUUUUGGAAUAUCUUAGUUUUUCUAUUUUAUUUUCUUCGGGACACAGUGCAUAUUUUGUAUGUGUUCAUGAGUUUUUUAUUGUAUUGUCAAGUUCCUUGAGUAUACUAAAGAUAAGUCCAUACUUUAGCACCCUGUAUCUCCAACAGCAUUUCUAGGCUUUGUGCCCAUUGAAACAUUUGAUCAGCGCAACAUGAACUAUAACUAUACGAAUUUUCAUUAAUGUUGGUCAAAUCCCAUCUGUUUUGUGCCUGGUACUUUGAAAAAUUAUGUCAAUUUUGACUUUCUGUAAAGUGCCAAUAGUUUCACGAAUCGUUGGGUGUCACUAUAACGGCGAAGAACAGCAACCUGAUUGGGUUAUGUUUCUCAAAUCUUCGACAUCUUUAUUUUCUGGCAGAAUUGUUCGGACUCCUUGGUCAUGUGUAAUAAUCGUGUAUUUUCAAUUACAAUUUCUGACAAUUAUGGCAAAACUCCAGAAAUGAUAUUUAGCCUUUUGCAGUAAUGAUUUUUGUAGCAUAAUUUUAAAUCCACCGUUUGAAGUAUUGUAACAUAUCUCCUUGCGAUUUACUAUUUAUUUAAUAUCUAGGUUAUCAACAAAUAUACGCUAGUAUACAAUUUAUUCUAUUCAGAAAAGUAACACAUUAAAUCAAAUUAUCUCCAAAAAUAUGGAGUUCUAAUAUUAACUUUCUUGAAAUCUAAUGUUAUACAAGUGUUAAAAACUAGUAAUCCUUACUAGACGCUGUCCGUUUCAUACUUAUGUCAUAACUAGAGGGGAUCUGAAGAAAUUAAUGAAAAAAUAAAGUGAAAGUAUAACCAGUGAACAUUACCAAAUUUAAAAAAAAAUAGCGAAUUUGUGGACUAAUUACUUUUUGCAUGUAUGAGUCAUAUGUGUCAGAUCUCGACUCUAGGAAUACAGUUUGCUUGAUAAUAUACUAGACAGUGUAAAAUUCUACUAGAUUCUAUAGUUGAACUUCAUCAUAACAAUUAUAAAAAAUAUGUAGUGACCAAGUACAUAGAAAUGUAUAUGUAUUAGUAUAUUCUAUUUUUCCAUAUAACUAAUAUCACAAAAAUUUCAUGAUGUCGUUCAAUUAUCCUUUACUCUAUUGCUGAAAUUUUUCAAGUAGCACGAACUGAGGGACAUGUAGAACCAUUAGAAUUGCAUAUCGAUGGUAUUCGAUGCAUUUUCAAAAACCUUGCAUCCUGGUUUUUCAAUAUUCUAACAGUUUAUUAUAUAUUUCCAGCUGAAUUUUCAGGUUUGAUAUUCAUUUUUAGGGUAUCAUGUGUGUGCAAUACGUUCUGUAAGCCACAUUUUCAUUAUAUAUUUUUAGAUAUUACAGUGGGUUUCAAUUCAGUUGUCCCUCUAGUUCAAUACUUACGCAGAUGAAAUCUAAAAAUACCCUGAUGUAUUUGACAGGUGAACCUUUUUUGCUUCAUAGUCAAGGGAAUGACUUACGUUGUGCUCCAAACAUAGCAAUGGGAAUGAGAUCCAAAAUUGUAAAAAAAUAGUAAGUAUGGGCGCCCGUAUGCCGGCGACUGUAAAAUUUAAUGCUCUUCAAUUAACCACAUUCAUAUUUCACGGGCUACAGCUUAAACGGCUUGAUGGUUUUUGACAUAUCAGGUGUUUCUAGAUGUGUCUGGAUAGCACGAGUGACUAAGAAACCUUACCAUAUUAGGUAUAUUUUACUUCUUAAGUGGAAGUCAGGGAGAUAUGCCCCCCUUGCCCCUAAUGGGCGCCCAUGGUCAAAUGUCAAAGAGAAAAUCAAGCAGAUAUUUCAAGGUUCGCCUAUUGUAUAAAAUACUACUUAUACCUAGUGUUUUGCUGUCCAAUCACAUACGGAUAGUGAAAGCAUUGGGGAUAGACAAGCUAUGCUUGAACGUCAAAUUUAUCAUUAAACGCAGUUACGCAACUGUCUGUGUGCCACACACAUGGGAUAUCCGUUUGUUAUUGGACAAAAUUUUGCUACUUUUUAUUCCGUUUUUCAAAAAUGUGCUUUUUCUGAUAUGUUUGAAGCACAAUUUAGAAUGUAGGCUGUGUUAUUAUAUUUAUCAUCAGUGGGAUCUAUAAAAAAUAGUACAUUUUGUUGCCCACACAUACCUUUAAAAAUUUGUUUUUCUGCGUUUUGUUAAUACAUGAGAUCUAGUCAUCUUUUUUUACCAUGUUGUCUAAGGCGAGCUGUAGCAAAAGCUGAGUAUUACAUUUCAGAGUUCUAGACAAUAUAAUUAUAAUGUUUCCAAUAUAAUAUCAUGAUUUUUUACUGUUUUGUUUUCAACUUCAAUAAUAUAUGAACAGAUAGGUAAAUGUUAAAAACUAAGCUUUUGCUAUUUUAUGGCCAAAUAUUUUUUUCUUCGUACUUAUUCUUUAUAGAUCACGCUGUAUAUUUUUUAAUACUUGAUUUGUAUUCAAUGGAUUAUUUAUAUUUGUGUAUUUAAGCAAAUUUUUUAAUUUAUUUUUACUAAGUCAUUCUGGAAAUCAAUAAGUCAUGUUGCACAUGUAAUUAUUAAUAAUUCUUUAUACUGAUUACAUUAAUCACUUAUGUACUUUAUAAAAUUGGGUGGAAGUAUAUUAUACAUUAUACCUAUGGAAUAAAACAAUGCAG